AUUACUGAAUGAAGUUUGAUUUGGAACAUAUAAUUGGGUUCUGCAAUUCAUGUUUAUAUCUGAGACUUUGCAUUGAGAGUGUGAAACAAAGAGAAAGAUAGGAAGAGGAAUCAAACCCUGAGAAUCCCACCUCUUUUAUUUCUUGAUCUCUGUCUGUCCUCUUUAAUGGCGGCAAAAUCCCAUGUGGAAUGCAUUGGAACUUCAAAUUUCUGAGACUUUCUUACAGACUCAUAUUGAUUUUCAACUACCCACGUUUGGUUUCAUCUUUGUUUUCUACCUCCUCCUUUGAUUCCUCCCAUUUUAUGUGAAAUUCAAAUCUUGAUUUCAUAUAAAACAGGGGAGAACAGUUGUCUGUUUUCUAUAUCAAAAGGUCUGAAUCUUGACUUCUGGUUGUUAAAGAUUCUGUUUUUGUGUUCUUCUUUAUGUCUAUCUUGAUUCAAGAAACUUAAAUUUAUGUGAAUUCAAACUCUCUGUUGAACUAACCUUGUUCUCGAAGAAGCAUUUCAAUGGCGGUUUCCACUGUUUAUCUGCUUUUCUUGAGUCUUUCAUGGAGAUUCUUCUUUCUGGGUACAACUGCAAUUCAGCCAUCACAAAAACAAGUGCUGCUUCAACUAAGAAAACAACUGGAGUACCCAAAACAAUUGGAUAUUUGGUUCAACACAACCGAUGAUUUCUGCUACUUAUCAUCACCACAAGUCAAUGUCACUUGUGAAAACAACUAUGUUUCAGAACUCAAAAUAAUGGGGUAUCAACAGCCAAAUAAGGUUAGUUCAAACUUUCAUGGGUUUCCAGUUGCUUCACAGACCCUAUCUCAAAAUUUCUCGAUGGACUCUUUGAUUGCCACCCUAUCAAGAUUAACAAGCUUGAAGGUUCUCAGUUUGGUUUCUUUAGGAAUCUGGGGCCCACUCCCUGAUAAAAUUCAAAGACUAUAUACACUUGAGUAUAUUGACUUAAGUGAUAAUUUCUUGUUUGGUUCAAUUCCUCCAACGUUUUCAAGGAUGGUGAGUCUUCAAAGUGUGAAUCUUGAUGGGAAUUUCUUGAAUGGUAGUUUCCCUGAUGGGGUUGACUUAUUGUCAAGUUUGACCAGUCUGAGCAUGAGGGGAAAUGGUUUCUCUGGUCAAUUACCAGAUCUACCAAAUCUGCCCAACAGUUUGAUCAUUCUAUAUCUCAGCAAGAAUUCAUUCUCUGGUCAAAUUCCAGUAAAAUAUAGUCAAUUGAGUCACCUUCAAGAACUUGAUCUUUCAUUCAAUUCCCUAUCUGGAGUCCCUCCAGCUUCACUCUUCUCAUUGCCAUACAUUACUUACCUCAAUCUAACAUCAAAUACGUUGACUGGGUCACUACCAACUCACUUAGAAUGUGGCAACAGACUCGCAGCUGUUGAUAUUUCAUUAAACCGGUUUACUGGCUCUUUGCCAUCCUGUUUAAGCAAUGAUUUGAACAACAGAACUGUUAAGUAUGAUGGGAAUUGCCUAAUGAGUGAUGUGAAGCACCAGCAUCCGGCGAAUUAUUGUGUAGAAGAAGCUCGAGGGGUCGAAGUAGACACAAAAGAUUUCAAAGAUUCAGGAAAAAGAAGGAAUUCAGGAAUAAUUGUAGGAACAAUUGUAGGGAGUGUUGUAGUUCUGGUGCUUUUGGUAUCUGGGUUUGUGGUUCUUUGUAGAAAGCUUUUCCGUGGAGUUGUAUCAGAACAGAAAUUGCUGCAUAAACCAGUGCAGGAUUACUCUGUUACAGGCUACCCAUCUGGCCUCUUAAGUAAUGCAAGGUUUCUUUCUGAGGCUGCAAAGUUGGGUACAGAAGGACUCCCAGUGCACAGAGUGUUUUCUUUUGAAGAGUUGAAGGAAGCUACUAACAACUUUCAUAGAUCUACCCUAAUAGGGGAAGGUUCAAGUGGCAAGAUCUACAAAGGGAAGCUAGGCAAUGGGACGAUCAUAGCGAUAAGGCAUUUGGCUGUGUCUAAAAAGUUCACAAUCAGAAACCUUAAAUUGAGGCUGGAUUUGUUUGCAAGGCUUCGGCACCCUCAUUUAGUUUGCCUGUUGGGACACUGCAUUAGCAGUGAAGGGACAGAUGACAGUGAUUCAAACAAAGUAUACCUUGUGUAUGAAUAUGUGCAUAAUGGGAAUUACCGCUCGCUUCUUGCUGGGAAUGAUCCCGAAAAUGUUCUUAAAUGGGAGGACAGAUUGAGAGUUUUAACUGGUGUGGCCAAGGCUGUGCAUUUUCUUCACACUGGACUCAUUCCUGGUUUCUUUAACAAUCGACUGAAAGCAAACAACAUUUUGUUAAACGAAGAUGGGAUGGCGAAACUGAGUGACUAUGGGCUUUCUAUUAUAGCAGAAGACAUCAAACAAGAUGUAUGUAAGGCAAAUGGUGAAGGCGCCGAAUCAUGGCAAAUGAAGAACUUGGAGGACGAUGUCUAUAGUUUCGGAUUCAUUCUACUCGAGACCCUUGUCGGGCCUUCCGCUGCAUCCAGGAAAGAUGAAUUUCUGACAAACGAGAUGGCUUCGUUUGAAACUGAAGAAGAACGAAAGAAAGUAGUGGACCCCGUUGUACUUGCUUCUUGCUCGCAGGAAUCACUGUCGGUUAUCAUCUCCAUAACCAAGAAAUGUUUUUGUGGUGAUUCAUGGGAUCGGCCAUCUUUUGAAGAUGUGCUUUGGCACCUGCAAUAUGCUGCUCAAGUGCAAGCCGGUGCCCAUCGGCCUGCUGAAGCAGUUUUGUUCAUGGGGUGUUGAUGUUGCAGUAAAUGUAUAGAUAAUAUCUUGAAGAUUGUCACCAUGGGGAAGAAAUAAGCAAAUAAUAAAUAUGCCAUUGCUGAAGCUUGUGCUUAUGUUUCUUUAUCAGGUGUCUCACUUCUCAAGCAAUGAAUGAAUGAACAAAGACCAGUCCAUUUUUGGACCUUUUAAUGUAGUAAUAAUGUACACUCUAUGAAGCUAUAUAAUGUAAUUGUAUAUAAUAUAUUAGUAACUUUUCUAUUUGUAAUAAUUUGUUAGAAAUGGAGAGUUUAGGUCUUUGUAAUAUGAUGUCUAGAGCUUGUUUCUUUCUGCCUCAGUUUCAUGUUGUGAAAUUCGAUGCCGAGUUAAAUCGAGCAAGCGUGAUUGUAAGUGAUUGUUCAUCUCCAUCACAUGCUUUGUCAUGUUACUAAUCAACAAUCUACUCUCAAUGUUUGUUUCGACUUUC